AUUAGCAGCUCUCUCUCCCUCUCCCGUCUCUUCCUCUGGUUUCGGCCGUGUCCGUCUUCUCGAACAUCCCGAUCUCUUUCUUUCCUGCUCGAUCUUCUUUCUGCUUGCAGCUUUUCAAUUCUUCUUCUUUUCUCUGUCUUCUGUUUCUAUACAUAUGUUUACGAUACGUAUAUAUUCGUUAAAUAUAUGUGUUUCUUUUGGUGAAUAUUCGAUCUCUCCCUCCCUCAAUUUUCCUCCCUUUUUCUUUAUUUGAUUCCGUUUCCUUUGAUUUGAGAGAUCAGAAGCUCUCUCUCUCUCUCUCUCUCUCUCGCGUUGGCUGUGAAUGGAAGAAAAGGAGCCGGUGUUGGAAUUAUAAAUAGUAAUUGUUUAGAGUGAUAGUUGUAGGAAGAGGUCAUAGAGAAAGAGCAUGUUGUAUUUGAAGCAGCCAAAGUCAAUUGUAUGCUGUAGGGGUCGUUGUUUCCUGGAGAAUAUUUGGAUGACAUGAUUCACAUCUUAUAUGCACAAAUAUUAUAUAUAUUUGCAUGCUAUUCUGAUGAUGAGAGGUCCCUUACCCAGAGCCUGAGAGCCCUCCGAGGCUCGGCGGGGGAAGGGGUUUGAUCUGUGAUAUUUAUCGAUGGCGUCGCCAGAGAAGGAGCUCGCACCCUCCUCUUUCUACUCCUCCGUCGUUGAUGAGCCGCUUAGUCCUCCUCCUCCUGUCCAUGCUUUUAUGCACAAAUUCAGGCUCUACGAGACUCGAUCGAACUUUUACAUGAUAGGAAGGGACAAGAGCAGAACUUAUUGGAGAGUGCUAAAGAUUGACCGGCUGGACCCUUCAGAGCUAAACAUCCAGGAAGAUUCUACCACGUAUACAGAAUGGGAGUGUUCUGACUUGCUAAGACGGAUAAAUGAAGGAAAUAAGUCCACCGGUGGGCUAAAGUUUGUCACUUCUUGUUAUGGAAUUGUUGGGUUUAUCAAAUUUUUGGAACCUUAUUACAUGUUGCUUAUCACAAAAAGAAGACAGAUUGGUGUAAUCUGUGGCCACACUAUAUAUGCCGUCUCCAAGAGUGAGAUGAUUCCACUUUCAAAUUCUACUGUUCAGUCCAGUAUCACUAAUUCCAAGAAUGAGAACAGGUACAAGAAGCUCCUAUGCAUGGUGGAUCUCACAAAAGAUUUCUUUUUUAGCUACUCAUACCAUGUUAUGCGUAGUCUUCAAAAGAACUUGUGUAAUAGUGAGAAUGGCCAGGUUGUUGAUGAAACCAUGUUUGUCUGGAAUGAGUUCUUGACUCGGGGAAUCCGGAAUCACCUCCAGAAUACUCUUUGGACAGUUGCUUUGGUUUAUGGCUUUUUUAUGCAAGCAACACUUUCUAUAUAUGGACGAGAGAUCAAACUGACCCUCAUUGCAAGACGUUCCCGUCACUAUGCAGGCACCAGGUAUCUGAAACGAGGUGUAAAUGAGAAGGGCAGAGUUGCUAAUGAUGUUGAGACAGAACAGAUAGUGUUCGAGGAUGUUCCAGAAGGGUUUCCCAUGCAAAUAAGCUCUAUUGUCCAAAACCGAGGAUCAAUCCCUCUUUUUUGGUCACAGGAAACGUCACGCUUGAAUCUUAAACCAGACAUUUUAUUGUCAAGGAAGGACCAAAAUUAUGAAGCCACCAGGCUUCAUUUUGAAAAUCUCGUCAAUAGAUAUGGAAACCCCAUUAUUAUUUUGAAUUUGAUUAAGACGCAUGAGAAGAAGCCUCGAGAAUCCAUUCUUCGUACAGAGUUUGCUAAUGCAAUUGAUUUCAUCAAUAAAAAUUUGUCAGAGGAGAACCGUCUUAGGUUUCUUCACUGGGAUCUACAGAAACAUUCUCGGAGAAAAGCUACAAAUGCAUUGAUACUUCUGGGCAAAGUGGCUGCAUAUGCAUUGACGCUAACGGGAUUCUUUUAUUGCCAAGUAACACCAACCUUUGGGCGUGAAGAGAAUCUAAGAUGGCUUUCCUCUGAGAAUGUGGAUAAUGAUAACUUUUAUCCCCAGACACACUGCAACUAUGAUAAUGAGGAUAAUGAUUACUUAGAGAGGAAACUCAAUGGUGCUGAUAAUGGUCCUUAUAACGUUUCUAAUGGGAAACACUCUGUCAAGUCACCAAUGUUCCAAAACGGGGUGCUCAGGACCAAUUGUAUUGAUUGCCUGGAUCGCACGAAUGUUGCACAGUAUGCUUAUGGAUUAGCAGCUCUUGCACACCAGCUUCAUGCUCUGGGAGUGACAGACAACCCAAAGAUAGAUCUUGACGAUCCUUUAGCAGAUGAUUUGAUGGGUUUCUAUGAAAGAAUGGGUGACACACUUGCUCACCAAUAUGGUGGCUCAGCUGCUCAUAACAAGAUAUUCUCUGCAAGAAGGGGUCAGUGGAAAGCAGCAAUGCAGUCUCAAGAAUUCUUCAGAACUCUUCAAAGAUAUUACAGUAAUGCCUAUAUGGACGCAGAGAAGCAAGAUGCAAUUAAUGUAUUCUUGGGUCACUUCCAACCGCAACAGGGAAAACCUGCUAUUUGGGAGCUGGAUUCAGAUCAGCACUGUGAUGCUGCGAGGAAUGGGCAUACAAAUGUUGAUGAAGAUGGAAGGUCAAUUUUCAAACGAUCUUUAUCAGAUGGGAAUAUUCUUUGCGAAAGCAGUUCACCAAUGUCAGCCACAAAUCCUUUACACGUUUCUAACUCAGUUCUGCCUGCGCGAUCACAAGGUGCAAGCAACUUUCUAUCCGAGUCAUCACCAGAAAUUUCAGCUUGUGAGAGUGAUAUAGCUCUUUCGAGGUAUACCCCAUCAAUGCCUCGCAGGCAGCUUUUUGAGGAUAUGCAAAAAGAUCGAUGCCUUGAAACCAAUCAUAUUUACUUCUCAGAACAUGGAGAUAUGUCCAACUGCUCAAAUUUUGUUGACCUUGACUGGUUAUCUUCCUCUGGGAAUUCGUGCGAGGAAGAGCAAUUUGAGAGGUCAUUGAUAUUCACAAACUCUCCAGUUGCCGGGCUAUCAGCAGAAAAUGUUGUCGAUGGAGUGAUAGGAGAGGCUACCCCCUCCACCAGUGAAUGCGGAUCCAGCAUGAAAGGGAGGGAGCAGACUGAAACAGAGCUGUCCUAUGGUACUGGACAAAAUUCCGAUGUUCUCGAGGAAUUUCCAGAUAUCUUUGUGCACUGGGUGAACUAUGGGGAGACACUCUGCAGCUGAAGUUAGGGUUAACUUUUUCCUCCUAAUUCGAUAUAUUUCCGCUCUCGUUUCUCAGGCUGCUGUCGGGAGAAGAGACUGUAGAGAGAGAAAGAGAGAGAGCGCAAGGGUAGCGGGAACGAGAGAGAGAGAGAGAGAGAGAGCAGAUGAGUAGAACCGGCAAUUUUUUUUGUAAGAUAUUUUUCGCACGAAGCAUUGUGUUCCAUCGGUGACUCAAAUCAAAAACCCGAUACCAAAGUACGAGAGUAAAAUAGGCAAUAACUAAAAAAAAAAUUCUUUUUUAGGAGCUUAAUUGUAAUAUUUUUCUUGUUUCUUGUAAAUAUUGAAUCAUUGUACUCGCCAGAGCUCCACUUUUAACUACGAAUUGCAGGUCAUUGAUUCUUU